AUGGGUCUCGCUUUCUCAAAGCUCUUCGACCGACUGUGGGGGAAGAAGGAGAUGCGAAUUCUGAUGGUUGGUCUUGAUGCCGCUGGUAAAACCACCAUCCUCUACAAGCUUAAGCUUGGCGAGAUUGUCACCACCAUCCCCACUAUCGGCUUCAAUGUCGAGACUGUAGAGUACAAGAACAUUCAAUUCACUGUGUGGGAUGUCGGUGGUCAGGACAAGAUUCGUCCUCUGUGGAGACACUACUUCCAGAACACUCAGGGUAUCAUCUUCGUCGUUGACUCCAACGAUCGCGAUCGUAUUGUUGAGGCACGAGAGGAGCUCCAGCGCAUGCUCAACGAGGACGAGCUUCGCGAUGCUAUCCUGCUUGUUUUCGCCAACAAGCAGGAUCUUCCCAACGCCAUGAACGCCGCCGAGAUCACAGACAAGCUUGGUCUCCACAGCCUGCGACAACGCGCCUGGUACAUCCAGUCCACCUGUGCCACCUCCGGUGACGGUCUCUAUGAGGGUCUUGAGUGGCUCGCCAACACCCUCCGAAAGGCGGGUCACCAGUAG